AUGUUUUUCUUUCCAGCAAGAAUCACUUCUCCCAUCUGGCCGGGAACACAGCUGCACAAACAGCUGCGCCACGGCGGCGGCGGGGCCGGCCGGGAGCGCGCAGUGCGCGGGCUGGAGCAGGCGGCACCGCCGGGACAAGGGAACCCCCGCCAGGACAGGGGAACUUCCGCCGGGACAAGGGAACCUCCGCCGGGACAAGGGAACCUCCUCUGGGACAAGGGAAGCUCCGCCGGGACAAGGGAACCUCCUCCGGGACAAGGGAACCUCCGCCGGGACAAGGGAACCUCCGCCGGGACAGGGGAACCUCCGCCGGGGCAAGGGAACCUCCGCCGGGACAAGGGAACCUCCUCCGGGACAAGGGAACCCCCGUCGGGACAAGGGAACCUCCGCCGAGACAGGGGAACCCCCGUCGGGACAAGGGAACCUCCGCCGGGACAGGGGAACCUCCGCCGGGACAAGGGAACCUCCUCCGGGACAGGGGAACCUCCGCCGGGACAAGGGAACCUCCUCCGGGACAGGGGAACCUCCGCCGGGACAGGGGAACCCCCGUCGGGACAAGGGAAGCUCCGCCGGGACAAGGGAAGCUCCGCCGGAACAGGGGAAGCUCCGCCGGGACAAGGGAACCUCCGCCGGGACAAGGGAACCUCCUCUGGGACAAGGGAAGCUCCGCCGGGACAAGGGAACCUCCUCCGGGACAAGGGAACCUCCGCCGGGACAAGGGAACCUCCGCCGGGACAGGGGAACCUCCGCCGGGGCAAGGGAACCUCCGCCGGGACAAGGGAACCUCCUCCGGGACAAGGGAACCCCCGUCGGGACAAGGGAACCUCCGCCGAGACAGGGGAACCUCCGCCGGGACAAGGGAACCUCCUCCGGGACAGGGGAACCUCCGCCGGGACAGGGGAACCUCCGCCGGGACAAGGGAACCUCCUCCGGGACAGGGGAACCUCCGCCGGGACAAGGGAACCUCCUCCGGGACAGGGGAACCUCCGCCGGGACAGGGGAACCCCCGUCGGGACAAGGGAAGCUCCGCCGGGACAAGGGAAGCUCCGCCGGAACAGGGGAAGCUCCGCCGGAGCCGGCACCGAGCCCAGGGCCCCUCAAGGGCCCCAGCCCCGUGGGCAUUCCGCUGCUCCGCUCCCUCCGCACCGAGCAGGGGCAGUGAGCAAGGACAUCCUGACUGUCCCUGGGAGGGGACGACUGAUCGGACACAAAGGGCCAAGCAGGGCCAUUCACAUCGGUUUGCUCCUCUGGUCUCCUCCUGCAAGACAGGCUAAGAGAGGGAAAGAUGCUCAUACUGCUCAACAGCCAGCAGCAGUGAGUCCUGCUUCAGGUCUGGAAGUAAGGGAGAAUCCUGCAGAAAGGUCCGGUUUAAACCUGAGGUACAUCUGA